GUUAAUUUAUUAGCAUAAAUAGGUGGUAGAAAUGAAAUUCAAAAAAAUUUCGAUCCAAUAUAUUUCAAAAUAAAUAUUAAACAGCUAAUGUGCUUACAAACCAUACUAAAAUGGUCAUAGCGUCAAUAUAAUAUCAUACCCAUACUAAAAGAUCUCCUUUAUCGUCCUUGGUCGUCCUUAUCUCAUAAAAAUAUUAGGAGCAUGAUAAUAUAAUAUUGAAAAUAAAAUUUCAAAGUGUGUUACGUGGAGCUAUAACUAAAAUCUGAAGAAAAUUUACAUAUUGAUUCUAUGUAAUGAGUUUAUGUGUGAAAAAUAUAUUAUUUAAUUCGACCAAAGUCCAAAGGUGCUUUAUUACAAGAUACUCUUCAAAAACUAACAUAAUGAAGAGGGAACCAUUAGUAAUUACUAAAAAUGGUGAACUGAAAGGAUGUAUUAAAAAGCUAUUAGAUGGCACAGAAUAUUACAGCUUCAAAGGAAUACCGUAUGCACAACCACCAGUUGGGAAACUGAGAUUUAAGGCUCCGUUACCUGUUAAACCAUGGGAAGGUGUGUAUGAUGCUUUAAAACAUGGCCCAAUCUCUCCACAAUAUGAUGCUCAAACACGCCAAGUCAAAGAAGGUAGUGAAGACUGCUUAUAUCUUAAUGUUUACACAAAGUCCAUAGAAACCAGUACUAAAGGCCCUGUAAUGGUUUUUAUCCAUGGUGGAGGCUUUAUAUCUGGUUCAGGCAAUACUGAUUUGUAUGGCCCUGAAUUUCUUUUACAGCACAAUGUUGUGUUAGUUACUAUAAACUAUAGAUUGGAAGUUUUAGGAUUCCUUAACUUAGAUAUACCUGAAGUGCCAGGAAAUGCUGGUAUGAAAGACCAGGUUUUAGCACUGCGCUGGAUCCAAGAAAAUAUUAAUGAUUUUGGCGGUGAUUCUGAUAAUGUUACAAUUUUUGGUGAGAGUGCCGGUGCAGCAUCUGUUACGUAUCACAUGGUAUCACCUAUGUCCAGGAAUUUAUUUCACAAAGUGAUUGCCCAAAGUGGUGUAUGUACAGCAAAUUGGGCAAUGGGUGUCGAUGGAAAGAAUAGGGCUUUUAGAUUGUGUAAAUUAUUAGGGAAUGAGACCAGAGAUCCUAAUGAAGCCCUAACAUUCUUGCAAAGUGUACGAGCAACUGACUUGGUUGGUAAAACCUUUAAAACAAUAACCAGCGAUGAAAGACAUAGAGGGCUUCCAAUGCAUUUUUGCCCCAAUAUUGAAAAGAAAUAUGGCCAUAAUGAAGUUUUUUUACCAGAAGAUCCAGAACAGGCAUUUGUUAAUUGUAAUUCUGUGAAUGUGCCAUUAAUGAUUGGGUAUAACUCAAAAGAAGGAUUAAUUUUAAUAUCAACAGAAUCUAAGAAAAUUGAAUAUAGGAACAAAAAUCCAUCCUCCUUUGUACCAAGAGAAAUAUAUAAUAUAGUGAAUGAGGAUAAAUUAAAAGAAAUAGGGCAGAGAAUAAAAGAAUUCUACUUUGGAGUUCAAGAUAUAACAAUGGAAGACGCUGAGAAAAUCUGCGACUUACAAUCAGACUUAUAUUUUACAUACCCAAUACAUUAUUUUAUUGAGCUUUAUGCGAAGAAUACUCUACCAGUGUAUAUGUAUAGCUUUAACUAUGAUACAGAUUUAAACUUUUUUAAAAAUUUGAUGGGAGCCGGUGACAUAAAGGGAGCAGCUCAUGUUGAUGAAUUGUUUUAUAUAUUCUGUUGUGCAAUGAAUAGAGAUUAUUAUGAGGAAAAUGAAAAUUUGAGAAGUAUUAUUUAUAAUGUAACUAGACUUUGGACAGAUUUUGCUAAGAAUGGGAACCCGGUAUCGAACAGUGCAAUAAAUUGGCAGCCAUAUACUUUAAAAAAUAAGGAAUAUCUUAAUAUUGAUAAAAGCAUGGCACUUGGAACAUAUGCGGAUCAAAAAAGGAUAGAAUUUUGGAAGAAAAUGUACAAAGAAGCAGGCUUACAUAGUACAAGAAGUCAUUUGUAGUCUUGCAAUAGUAUAUAUAUUUAACAAACGGUCUAUGUAUACAGUAUUUAGAUAAUUUUGACUUAGAUUUUAUAUAUUUGGUGUUUGGCAUUCAAACGGAUAAUGUUACAGGUUAAGUGACAGUGUUGUGAGUAGGGUUUUAAACUUUUAAAUUCACUAGGAAUAGUUUUUACUGAUUAUAUUAUAUUAGGGUUUAUUUGAUAAUGAGAUUUAUACAUU